CAUAAGUGGACUUAAGCGUCAUCAUUUUUUCAGUGUUUACUGACCACCCAGCCUUUUCCCUGUUGAAGAGCAAACAUACUCUCAGUUGUAGAAAAACCACACCUAUACUGCUUGUACAUUAACUAUGUAAUUCCAUGAAGCCCUCCCCUACUGCUCUAUAACUGGCCCAUUGUCAGUUAUUUCACACCUCGCCUAUUUUUCCUGCUGUUUUUUCUGCAAUGUCACAGUCAAUCAUUGAGUGGUGUUUGCUGGUUUCCUGAGCUGAGUUUGAACUCUGAUACAUACAGCUGUUUCACCUAGAAAUGGCUUUUAAGGAAAAAAAGUUUUUGAGAUAUAUCUCUUUAUGUUUUUUUAGCUUUUCACUUAUUUACUUUGUAAUGUACUCUACAAAAAAAGGCUGCUUAGAGAGUGGGCUGCCGGACAUGGAACACCUGAUCAAGCACGAUGCUGGAGAACUACAAGCUUGUUCAGCCAUCAUCCGAGGAGACAUAGAUGGAGUCAACAGCAAACACUUUGGCAACCUCCUUGCUGGGUGGAAAAAAGCUUCUCUUUUAUCUGAGUCUUUCUACCUAAAUGUCACAAAGGACUGUCAAGCUUUUGUAAGAGACAGAGGGUUUCUAACAGCUCCUCUGAGCAAAGAGGAAAGAGACUUUCCAAUCGCUUACUCUAUGGUUAUCCAUGAGAAGAUUGAAAUGUUUGAGAGGCUCCUGCGUGCUAUUUACACUCCUCAGAAUGUUUACUGUGUUCAUGUGGACCAGAAGUCGCCUAAGAUCUUUUCUGAGGCUGUACAAGCUAUUGUGUCUUGUUUGCCCAAUGUGUUUGUGGCCAGUAAGUUAGAGAGUGUUGUCUAUGCCUCUUGGUCACGAGUUCAAGCGGACAUCAACUGCAUGGAGGACCUUCUCAAGUCUCCUGUCAAGUGGAGGUAUCUCCUCAACACAUGUGGGGCAGAUUUUCCCUUAAAAACCAAUGCAGAGCUUGUUCGCUCCCUGAAAAAUCUCAAUGGAAAGAAUAGUAUGGAGUCAGAAGUCACACCCUCACACAAAAAAGCCCGCUGGGAGUACCAUCAUAACGUCACCAAUACUGUGACUCGGACAGGUAUUAAGAAGACCCCUCCACCCAUCGGCACCCCUAUGUUCUCUGGGAAUGCAUACUUUGUUGUUACUAGAGAGUUUGUAGAAUAUAUCUUUAAGACUCCAGAGAUCCAGAACUUUAUGGAAUGGGAGAAGGACACGUACAGCCCAGAUGAGCACAUGUGGGCAACACUACAUAGGAUGCCUUCGGUGCCUGGCUCCAACCCCCCCAAUGAAAAAUAUGAUGAGUCGGACAUGCUGGCCAUAGCGAGGUUGGUCAAGUGGAGUUAUCAUGAAGGAAACAUGAAGAAUGGAGCACCAUAUCCACCAUGCACUGGGACAUAUAGACAUGCAGUGUGUGUUUAUGGAGCAGGGGACCUGAACUGGAUUCUGAAGCAGAAACAUCUCUUUGCUAACAAAUUUGACCCACAAGUGGAUGAUAUUGCUAUAAAAUGCAUGGAGGCUUUUUUACGGUACAAAUCAAUUUAUGGUCAGUCUUUACUUAGCAUAGGUAAAACAAAAAGAAUUCAAUAAUGCUGCUACACAUUUACAGAAUCUAUACCAGCUGUGUAAAUUUUUUGACAUGCUGUAUAUGUGACUAUUAUUAUAUGACUAUUUAUCUUUAGAAGUAGAGUUUAUUCAAGAAAAUAUUCUAUUGUUCAAAGUUCCUGAACCUUAAUAUAGCGAAGUCAGUAAUAUUUAAAAUUAGUUUUAACAGUUAAAAGAUUUUAACACUAGUAAAACAGACAAACUUCAGAAGAGUGUGUGUGUGCAUGUAUGUGUGUGUGUGUCUGCUUGUGGGUGAACUCAGACUCAUGGUAAUAGGUGAGAAAACUAUUAGCAAGCAGUUAAUUGUAAGACUUUCCUCUAACAACUGUCCUGUUCCUUAGAAAAGACUUAUGCAAGUUUAUCAAGUGGCAUGUUUACUGCUUUGUAAAUAUAGCUGUAUUUGGUAAAUUGUUUAUUGAACUGCCAGUUCAUAUUGUAACAAAUAAUUUGUAAUGUUCCAUUUGUAUAAAUAUAACAUGUAAUUCAGAUAAAACGCCUUUAAGUUUUUAAAGCGUUUAAAGUAUUAAUUAUAUAUAAUUAAGUAUAUAGUGUCAUUUCUAUAGUACAGUCUUAAGUACUAUUUAGGCCUGGCUUCUAAUAUAGAAAUGAAUGAAAAUCUAACAUACAACCACAUUGUCAGGAUUGACAAAAGUAGGCAAUUUAAUAUAAUUUAGUACUUAUUUGGUUUGUUUGUUUAUUUGGUUUGGUCAGUUUAACUGACCCCUGCCUGUUUCACGACCACAGACUUUGCCUUUCCCCUUUGGAUUAUAUAGUUUGAUCUGCAUACCUACACUUGCUUCCGUCUCCGCCUACUUAGCAUGACAACUAUCUUACAUAAUGAAUCUUUCAGACACAAGACAAGCUAUGAUUCUCAGCCAGAAACACAGAAAUACAAAAAAAAAACUAAUGCUCAUCCAAGUUUAGAAGAAGACACAGAACCGAGGAUUUUUGUGAAAAACACCAAUGAACAAAUGUGAUAGAACAUUCAGUGUAUUCCAUUCAUAUACGAUUUAAUUUAUUUAUGUAGUCAAGUAAUGUCUACAUAAAUGGAAGCAAAAUGGAUGCACACACUGCUUUUUUAUACUCUAAGAGAUCAUCCAUAAACAUGGGUAAACAUUAUUACUGCAUUCUGUUGGACUGUACAAACUAAACAGCUAGCUUCAAUGCCAUAAUUACUAAUUAUCUUUAUUGUGACAUAAACUAAAACUAAUGAAUAAACCAUUUAAUACAUAAUUCAUUAAGUACAAUAUCCAUUACAUUAGUUAAUUAAUUAAUGCUUCACUCUCUUGCAACCAAUAAAUUAAGUAUAUAAAAACAGCAUACCAGCCUUUCACAACAUUUAAUACAUGUGCUGUUAACAAAGACAUGAAAUGGAUGAGUAAAGCUACAAGACAAUAUUUAGUCACCAUAACUUUUCCAGAAGAUUUCAUUAAGGCCAAUGAAAGGCCACAGAAAUCUCCACUCUUGCUUUAGUGGUGCCUGACAUAGUCAUUCACCUAUUCUCAUAGGUUCAAAUGCCCUUGAUGUGCUUCAUAACCAGCACUGUGGGUGGGAAACUUCUGCACACCAUACAUCUGUCUUUGGUUAUAGUCAGAUCCUGAAAACUCUCAAACCGAGAAAUAAGCAAAUAAAGAGUGGGAAGAUUCGUCUUGUAGGGCUGCAAGGCAAAGGGGAAAAAAGGAAAAAGUUAUCCUUGCAGGCCAGAAAGAUGUGUGUAAGAAGGAUCUAUGAAAGCUCUUGUUGUUAUAUGCCUGUAUAACAUGCAGUUGUGAAAUGAGGAUGUGCAUAUUCAGAAUGACACAGGAUAAGACAUGACACCACAUGCAUUGAAAAGAAAUACCGAAUGAAAAGACAGAAAUGUGCACAUGCUUAUCACCAUGUCCACAUCGACAUAUUUCACAAGCAUAUCUUCUUUCAGAAAGAAGCUGUCCGUUAAGUGGCACACCAGACUAUUCACUACACUAACUGGACCUGCUUAGACAAAAUAUUCCUGAGCUUUGAAGAACAGACAUUUUCAGUGGUAUUUGCAUGACUGCGGUUAAACGCAUCACCCCUGAAAUCAGCUAAAGAAUUUUAUCAAAGAAGACAAUCUAUUACUAGCACAAGCUAAACUGGAAGAUCAUACAGAUUGUUGGUGGCAUCGGGCAGGGUAGCACUGAUAAGCAGUGAAGCAUAUAAACCUGGUACUGUAUGCCAUAUAGUAAAAUACUUUAUGUGACACAAUACCAACAGGCACAAUUUGUAACUAAAUAGCUGCAACCCAUCCCCUUUAAGACUGAAUUGUUUUAGUUUUACAGAAAAUCUUUGAAGCAGAAACCCUCAUUACAGUAGCUACGAUACAGUUUUGGGGCUCUGGUACCCUAAACAGCACAAAAACAAUCUUACAUAAUGAAUCUUUCAGAGACAAGAUUCGCAUGAAGAUAUGAUUUAAUACACAUGCUGUUAACAAAGAAAUUAAAUGGAUGUAAAGCUACAAGACAAGGGAAGUCCAGUAAGAACACAAGUUUACACACAACAAUGCUAAAGCUAUUGAAUCGGAAUGAUCGUGUCCCUUAGCUAACCAACUAGCUCACAACUUAGCAUCAACUAGAAACACGUGAAAUACUUUAGCACAAUGAGAUGCACAACAAUGCAGUGAAGACCUUCCCUGUAGUUGGAAAGGUCACAAAGGUUCAGUCUAUGCAUAAACAGCUCUUCAAUGCACAUUUAUGAUGAUGAUAAUGAUUACUAUUAUUAUUACCUCAGGAAACCUUCUCUGUGUGAUAUACCUUUGAGUGUAGCUUGGAAAAUAUCAAGGAAUUGCAAUUCAUCAUUGGAUGUCCAUUAUGCACAUAUCCAGGGGGUGGGUGGACA